AUGCCUCGUGGGAGCCGAAGGCCCCCUAAUUCCGGCUAUGCUCGAAUAGCGCAAGCUGAAGAAGAAGAGGACUCGCAUGAUGAUUCUGAGGACGAGUCGCAUGAGCGGACGCUCGCCAGCUCCUACGCUCCCAUACAGCCAAGAAAAGAACGCAUGCGCAUGCCACGAUCGGGCGACUCGUCACCAAACCUGCGAAGGACUACGUCCGGACGCCGCCAACGAACCAAUUCGGGAGUGGACAUCAAAGCUAUAAACGCGCGACUGGAACGCUGGGCGGAGGAGAUUGCCCAAAAGUUCAAGAUCAAGAAGCAAAAGGACACGCCAGAUGAUGAGGCUCUCGAAAUCCACCAUUCCGUGUUCCAAGCACCCGACUGGGUGCGCCCGGCUACGGCAGAGACGCUUACGUUUGGUUACGAGGACUCUUCGGAUCGGAUGACGAAGCUGCAAUUCGAUGACAUUGUGGAGAGCGUGAGGGUAGCUAUUGAGCAGGGCAUGCACCCGAAAUUGAUCACGCAAGGUAGCUCGGGCAGCUACUUCGCGCGCAAUUCGCAGGGUAAGGUGGUGGGCGUUUUCAAACCCAAGGACGAGGAGCCGUACGCGUCGCGGAACCCGAAAUGGACCAAAUGGAUACAUCGGAAUCUUUUCCCGUUCUUCUUCGGUCGAGCCUGUUUGAUCCCGAACUUGAGCUACGUCUCCGAAGCGGCCGCAUAUGUCCUAGACAGUCAGCUGCGCACGAGCCUCGUACCGUACACCGAAGUCGUCUCCCUCUCCUCGAAAUCCUUCCACUAUGAUUUCUGGGAUCGGAGAGCAUACUACAGGAAGAAGAAGCCAUUCCCGGAGAAGGCGGGCAGUUUUCAGGUGUUCCUGAAGGGCUUCAAGGAUGCGAAUAUCUUCUUGAAAGAGCAUCCAUGGCCGGACCAGAAUAACGCAAGUCUCCACAACUCGCGGAGAAAUAAGAAGCGAAGGUGGGCCGAAGAGUGCAGACCCAGCGGGCCCCAGUCGGAAGACGAGGACGAGGAAGAGGCCCGAUCAAACACGCCGGAAUUACAGCAAAGGAGAGGGUUCUGGUCAGAGGGACUGCAGCAGUCUUUCCGGGAGCAACUCGAGAAGCUGGUCAUUUUGGAUUACAUCAUGCGUAACACUGAUAGAGGGUUGGACAACUGGAUGAUUCGAAUCGACCAGAAAACCCAAGAGGCAAGCAUUGUCGCGGAACCACCCAGAACAAAUGACCCUCUAGACGAUGAAGAGGAGGCUGUACCCAGUAACUACACGAAGCAGUCCAUGUCUGAAGCGGAUCCCUACGGUCGCCGGGAGCCUAUGAAAGCGACAAGCAGAUCUACCACGCCCAUGCCCAGCGGUCCAACGCCAGCGAUAACGAUUGGUGCGAUUGACAACAGUUUGUCGUGGCCGUGGAAACAUCCCGAUGCGUGGCGAAGUUAUCCGUUCGGCUGGCUAUUCUUGCCAGUUUCACUCAUUGGGAAGCCAUUUUCCGAAGCAACAAGGCGCCAUUUCCUCCCUCUUCUGACCUCCAAGCAGUGGUGGACUGAGACGCAAGCAGCUCUGCGACAAUGUUUCACGCAGGACAAGGACUUCAAAGAGCGAAUGUACGCAAAACAGAUCGCGGUCAUGAAAGGCCAGGCCUGGAACGUAGUAGAAACGUUGAAAGAGCCCGAUCACGGCCCUCUGGAGCUAACCCGAAGAGCGCGUGUCUGCGUAUGGGACGAUUUGGUGGAGAUUCCCAUUGCUGUCCCGCUCCGUGAGCCCUCAGCAGAAAUGCGCCGCAAAACCCAACCUAACCGGCAAAGGGUCGCUGAGCAGGAAGAAAUGGACAUUACGGCACUGUCUACACCACCACAAAAGCCGCAACCGGAUCUGCUUAUGAAUUCACCGCCCCAGGAGCUGGUGAACGAGAACCGGUUCAACCUUUCUCGCGAAUCCAGUUCUAUGGAUGUGCGACGACAGCAGCAAACUGAGAACUCUGACCUGCCUGAUACUCCAGCUACGGUGCAGGGCGUGACGUGGAAUUCUCGCCUUGCUACGGGGUCACCGGUGAAUGGAAGACCUUCACACAGAUCGCGCAUGAGUUACGACGUACCCCGACGCCGCGAUCAAGACAUGCGCCGACAUCACCGCAGAUUAUCGCUUUCCUCUCGGCGCGGACACAGCAACCUUUUUGUCGGCGACGAUGAUGAUGAUGAAGGAGACCUUGGAUACGCCGCAAACGAGGAUAUGGACGGAAACCGCAAACGCGUAAUUGUCGAGCGGCUGGAGAUGGUCAAGGCUAAGAACCCGGUGUUCACUUGGUGUUGA